AUGGGUGGGAUAGGCAAGACGACUCUUGCUCGGAAUAUCUUUGUAAGUCCACUUGUCCAGGAAUCUUUCGAUGUUUGUGCUUGGUCAACAAUUUCUCUACGGUACAAUGCUCGAGAAAUUCUUAGACAAAUUCUUGAUCAAGUAGACGAGGGGGAGGGGGGUGAUUUAAGUGUAGAUGAGUUAGGAGAUCAUUUGUACAAAUAUUUGUUUGGAAGGAAGUAUUUUAUUGUAAUGGAUGAUAUGUGGACAAUUGAGGCCUGGGAUCGAGUUAGGAGAUUUUUUCCGGAUGAUAACAAUGGGAGUAGGGUAGUAGUUACUACCAGGCUGCCAAACUUGGCAUCUCAAUUUAACUACUCCGAUGGUCUUGAUUUGAAAUUUUUGGAUGACAAUGCUAGUUGGGACCUAUUUUGCAAAACUGUGUUUGGGGAAGAAACUUGCCCUGUUGAGUUGGAGGGCAUUGGGAAAAAUAUUGUGGAAGGUUGUAAGGGACUUCCGUUAUCGGUUGCGGAGGGAUUAGUAAAACCAAUUAAUGGGAAAAGUUUGGAAGAGGCAGUAGAAGAGUAUAUGGAAGAACUUGUUGAUAGAAAUAUGGUUAUAGUUGAAAAUCGCAAGCGUUCUGGGAAACUAAAAUCAUUGAAAAUGCAUGACCUGUUGAGGGAUUCAAUAUAUUUAUUUGGUAUCAGUGAUGACUAUGUUUUGGAGAUCUGGAAGGUGUCUCAACUUAGGCAUGUCAUAACCGAUGAUGAAGUGAAACUUGAUGGUGCAUAUUGUCUCCCGAAUUCUCUCAAUGAGGAAGAGGAUAUGGAGGUGUUGGAAAACCUGCAAACACUUAAUAAUGUGAAGAAUCUCAAGUUUGGCGAGGGAGUGCUUAAAAGAAUCCCCAAUAUCAAAAAGUUGAAGCUAUACUAUGAUGCCUCUAGUAAAGAAGAUUGUUACGGUCUCAACAAUCUCCAUUGCCUCGACAAACUUGAAACUCUUCGACUUGUUUGUGAUACAAGACUAUCCGAUAGUCAUUUGGUGCAAGAAGUGAGCUUCUCACGUUCCCUCAAGAAGUUGACACUGAGAGAAACCUAUCUUCCUUGGGAAGACAUGAACACAAAAAUAGGUUCGUUGCCCCUUCUUCAAGUUAUUCGGCUGGAAGAGAACUCCUUCAUUGUGUCUGAGUGGGAAACAAUGGAAGACCAGUUCUUGAGUCUCAUGUUCUUGCAGAUUGAGGAUUGUGAUCUGGAGUGUUGGAUCACAGAAAACACUCACUUCCCAAGCCUUGAGCAUAUUGUUCUUUGUGAUUUAUCCGCCUUGGGUGAGAUUCCUUUGAGCAUCGGAGACAUACCAACGCUUCAAUCCAUUAAGGUGAGACGAUGUAGUGAUUCUGCGGUGGAUUCAGCUGAAAGAAUAAAGGAGGAGCAACAGGAACUAGGCAAUGAAAACCUUCUAGUCCUUAUUGUGAAGAAUUUGUGA